UUUAAUGUACUUCAAAUUUUUUUCACUAUCAAGUUAUAUAUAUUUCAUGCACAAAUUUAACUGUUUCUUAAAAAUUAUUUGUCAAAUAUUGAUUUAAAUAUUCUGAUUAGGUGUUUCAGGUAAUUCCAACAACAGCAGUCGUAGAAGGCAAACAAAGGACAGUGAUGCUGACGAGUGUGACUCUGACAAGGAGCUCCACAUUUCUGAGGAUGAUUGGGAACACAACAACUAUCCCAGUUACGCAAACAAACAUAGACAACGCUAUAAUGAUCGAACAUUUCAAGAUUCAACCACUUUCAACCAGUCAGAUCUACUGAGGCAAAUUGAUGACACCAUGAUGUUGAAAGAAAUCCACCGAGCUCCCAGCAGCUCUGGCAGCAUUGAGCGAAACAGGGACCCGUCCGACUUGUCAUCCUUACAAAAAAACAAUUCCUUAAUCUCAUAUGACAAUAGUUCUGUUGUUCCUAAGAACUUCAGAUCUGCAGAUAGGGGGCAGGGCAAUCACAGGACCAGCCAAGACAAUGUAGCUCCAACGCCUGUUGAACUUCAUAAACUGACGCUCUUCAGGGAGCAUGGGGAAGACUUUGGGUUCUGCCUGUCAGAUGGAUUGUAUGAAAAGGGGGUGUUUGUCAGCGCAGUGCGGCCUGGUGGACCUGGGGACAGAGCUGGGCUCAGAAUGUAUGACAGAAUUUUACAGGUAGCCACCACAAUGACCAGAGACUUUGACUGCAACUCCACUGUUCCAUUGAUUGCUGCUGCUGACACUGAACUUUUUGUAGUAAUAUCAAGAAACCCAUUGUCCCAGAGCAAUGAUGGAGGGGGUGCAAGCAGCUCUUGGCAGGGCUUAGACAAUGAGUUGGAUGAAUUAUCUAGAAGUAUGAAGUCCUCAAAAACUGUUUGAAAAAAGUUGUGGAGGACUUCAUAAAAUUAUUCUUGAUUUACAUUUUAUGUACAGGGUAAAGUUUAUGAAUAUGAGUGAAGAAAAAGUUCCGCUAUAUUUUCCGUAAGGGUAAAAUUUCAAUAUUUCUUCUUAACAAGCUUUUGUUUUUGAUAUAUAAAGGAGCAAAUCAUUGAUGUGCUACAUUAAACAUUUUGCACUAUCAGUGGUUACUUCAUCACUCAUAAAGCCAAGCAAAAUGGAAUUUGUGUAAGAUAUUGAUCAGUUAUUUCUAAUCUAUCUCUCAGGAAACCUUUAUAUUGGUGCUCAGAUUUUGUCAUAAAUCUAGUCUUUACAGCUGAAAAAAAGAGAAGUAUCGGAGGGGAGUAGACUACAGUAAUGGCCGAUCCUUUUAUUAAUAAUAAUCCAGGAUUUUGUUUGGUGUGUUUGGAGCAGUAUCAAAAAGAUGCAUUUUAGAGUUACUGCUGUUAUUUGAAAAGAUGACUUACAAAUACCCAACAUGAUUAAAAUAUUUGCUGUGCAAUUAAUAUUUAGGAGUGAAUCACUAUUGGUGGAAUUGCAAAAGAUGCAUAUAUUAAUGUCCAAUGAUAUUGGCAUAAUGGCAAAAAUUCAUAUAAUAAUGUCCAAUGAUAUUGACAUAAUUGCAAAAAUGCAUAUAAUAAUGUCCAUUGAUAUUGGUAUAAUUGCAAAAAAAUGCAUAUAAUAAUGUCCAAUGAUUUAAGAGAUAUUUGUACUCUUGUCAAUUUAUACUUUUUACUGUACUGUACAUGCACUAGCAUAUAUGGGCAUAAUACAACGGAAAAUACAGAGUACCAGUACAUGUAUAUCCACAUAAUAUAACCUUUUUUAUUGCUUUGUGUUUUGAAAAUAUUCUAUGUAUAUUCUUAUUUUAUUGUAAAUUUUUUAUUUUUCUUUAAAAUACUGAGCAUUUGUAUGUGUAUUUCUGAUCACUGCAUUUAUAUGAGAAUUAUGUAUGUACAUAUAUACAAGUUGCAA